AUGACCAAGCACAAUAGCAGAGCCACAAUUGGGUUCCUCUUACGCUCCUUCACCUACUGCCCAAGCAACCCAUCUCUUCUUCCUUCUGCAACUUCAUCUUCUCGUUUUACUUCGGCUUUUGAUGAAAAACACAAGCUUUUACAGCGCGAUAUCGUUCAUGGGGAUCAUCAAGUUUUAUCCUUUUUCAACCCUUUUAGAUAUUUCGUGGAAACCAAACAAUGGGGUGUUGGAAUUCAGCGCAAAUGUUAUGGUUCAGUGGCGGGGUUGGUUCAAAGGAACCCCAGAUUCUCAAAGUUGAAUGAUGAUGAUGUUAGAUACUUCGAGGGUAUAUUGGGUGACAAAAAUGUUGUGCAGGACGAGGACAAACUUGUCACUUCAAACACUGAUUGGAUGCAUAAAUACAAUGGCUCCAGCAAGCUCCUCCUACAGCCUAGGACCACUGAACAGGUUUCUCAGAUUCUUAAAUAUUGUAACUCCAGAUGCUUGGCUGUUGUUCCCCAAGGUGGAAACACUGGCCUUGUAGGAGGAAGUGUGCCUGUCUUUGAUGAAGUCAUUAUCAGUCUUAGUUCUAUGAAUAAGAUCAUAUCUUUCGACAAGGUUAGUGGAGUAUUGGUAUGUGAAGCUGGGUGCAUAUUGGAAAGUAUAAUGUCAUUCCUGGACAAUGAAGGAUUUGUUAUGCCACUAGACUUAGGUGCAAAAGGGAGUUGCCAGAUUGGUGGAAAUGUUUCAACUAAUGCUGGUGGUUUGCGUCUUGUUCGUUAUGGAUCCCUUCAUGGAAAUAUACUUGGCAUUGAAGCUGUUCUAGCAAAUGGUACUGUGCUUGACAUGCUUAAGACAGUGCGCAAAGAUAAUACUGGCUAUGAUUUGAAACAUCUAUUUAUAGGGAGUGAAGGUUCCUUGGGAAUUGUUACUAAAGUUUCAAUACUUACCCCACCAAAGUUAUCUUCAGUAAAUGUUGCUUUUCUUGCUUGCAAAGAUUAUAGCAGCUGUCAGAAACUGCUACAGGAAGCAAAAAGAAAACUUGGGGAGAUUCUAUCUGCAUUUGAAUUUCUGGAUGGCCAGUCUAUGAAUUUGGUUUUAAAUCACCUAGAAGGUGCUCGAAAUCCAAUACCUACGUCGCCGCAUAACUUUUAUGUUCUGAUUGAGACAACAGGCAGUGAUGACACUUCUGACAAACAAAAGCUUGAAGCAUUUCUACUUGGCUCCAUGGAGAAUGACUUGAUAUCUGAUGGUGUUCUUGCACAAGACAUAAACCAAGCAUCAUCCUUUUGGCUUCUCCGUGAGGGUAUACCAGAGGCAUUGAUGAGAGCAGGAGCUGUUUACAAGUAUGAUUUAUCCAUACCUCUUGAACACAUGUACAAUCUUGUUGAAGAAAUGCGCUCUAAACUAGGUAAUACAGCUAAUGUAAUUGGAUAUGGUCACCUUGGAGAUGGUAAUUUGCAUUUGAACGUUUCUACUCCUCAUUAUGAUGACGACAAGAUUCUGUCCCAAAUUGAACCUUUUGUAUAUGAGUGGACAUCUAAGCACCUAGGGAGUAUUAGUGCUGAGCAUGGUUUAGGACUAAUGAAAGCCAACAAAAUUUUCUACAGCAAGUCACGUGAAACUGUGCAACUGAUGGCAUCAAUCAAGAAUUUGAUGGACCCCAAUCACAUACUCAACCCAUAUAAAGUUCUUCCUCACUCUCUCACUUCAUAA